GUGUGUUUAUAACGAACGAACACAUCAGCGCAAGUGUUCCAUCUAUGACACACACACACACACACACACACACACACACACCUCCCCUCUCUCCACCGACACAACACAGUACUUGAUCUAUACCUUUCCACCGAGGCACGACAGACCCACAUCCCUCGUGAUUCGCUAAACUCGCACCUACUCACCUGGAGGGGCUGCUGGAUACCUGAGGAACACCUGUAGUAGUAAUAGUGGUGGUGGUGAUGACGUGCGGUAUAGACAACAAGUGCUGGUGCUUCUCACUACGAAGGGGAGCUUUCAUUGUGGCAGGCACGACGCUGGUGUUGAGUAUUGCCGGGGUGAUGUAUGGCGUGUACCAGCUACUGACCGGCUUCAAGAUGGCGCUGGCUACAAUAGGAAUCGAAGGAGGCGGUGUGCUGCUGGCCCUCCUGGUGUCCUAUGGCGUCAAGGAGGAGAAAAGAGCAGCCUUGAGAGUAUGGGAGAUCCUGUGUACGAUACUGAUACUGGCGCUGGCUGGGCUGGGUCUCUUCACUAUCAUCAAGUCGUCAAUCAGUGUGGGUCUCGGAAUGCUCAUCGCAGCCGGCCUACAGGUGUACUUCCUCGCUAUUGUCCACGCCUACAUUGGCUCAGUAAGAAGAACAGGAGAGAAAAAUAGAGGAGAUGAUUACAGUGGAGGAGUAAUAUCGUAACUACAACUUCCACUGCAUCCAUCUCCACCUCUAUGGAAUCCCACCCACUGCCGCCUCACCCACAAUCACGUGACUUGUUCUGCCAUAUCCUACAGGGCUUACUCCGUCGUGCCAUGUCCUAUCCUAGCCUGUACAAUACCUCACUAACCUAUCCUGAUUUUCUCUACCCUUCCUGACUUAACCUAACUUACUCUAACCCGUCUACUGCCUUCCCUGAUCUUCUUUGCGGUAUCCUAUCAUUUCGUGGACUAAACUAUCCUACCCUAGCUUAUCUUAUCGUGACCUGAGAUGACCUAAUCUACCCUAACUUACCCUAACCUGAACUAACUUAAUCCAAAUAAACUCUUCCCAAUCUGACCCGAAUAAUUACGAUAAAUGUUCCAACCUAACCUAACCUAACCUCACCUGACUUGACCUGACCUAACUUAACCUAACCCAAACUAACUUCUUCCAAACCUGACUCGUGUAAUUAUGAUAAAAAUUUCCAUACGUGUGUUGUAAGUUGUCCAAGUACAAUUAAAGUGAUAAGGGGCUAUGUCUGUUAAGAUACAUAGAUAAGUACAUAAGUAUAAGCUAAUAUGAUGUCAUUAAUAUUGUUUAUUGUGCUGUACUGUAUCAAUAAAUUAGACCAAAUAAAAUGUAAGACGUGUUGUAA